AUGUCCCUCAGCAGAGCUCCGAUCCGGGACACCUCUGAGACCCCCAGCCCGAGAGAACGCAUCCGCAGCCACAUGAAGAUGGUGAUCAACCAGCUGGACGGCAUUCUCAAGGAGCUAAAGGAUGUGGCCAAGGAACUCCGGGAGAGCACCAGAGACAGCGGCUCCUCAUUGGUGAGCGGGAGGAGCAGGGCCCGUGUGUACCAAUGA